AUGGAGAAUCUUGGGGAGAGCGAGAUGCUCUUUGACGGAUAUGACCAAUAUAACAACAAUGACCGCACCGAUGUGAUCGUCGUGUCCCGCUCAGGUUCUGAGGACGAGCCUGAGUCCGAACCAGCUGCAAAUGAUUAUCCCGCCAUGAUGGCCCGGAUCCUUCCUCAGGAUGCUGAACUCGAAACCGAAGCUGAAGCUUAUAAUACGUGGCAUAUAAAAGAUUGGCGCAGGCUGAAGAAGAAGGAACAUGGGCCUGUUUUUGAAUGUGGAGGAGCCCCAUGGCGGAUUCUUUUCUUUCCCUACGGCAAUCAAGUCGACCAUGCCUCGUUUUAUCUCGAACAAGCAUGGGAAAAAGAACCACCUGAGAAUUGGUACGCCUGUGUCCAAUUCGCCUUGGUUCUGUGGAACGUAAAUGAUCCGUCUUUAUAUGUUUCCCACGGGAGUCAAGUUGCCACACAUCGAUUUAAUGCGGAAGAAGCCGAUUGGGGCUUCACUCGCUUUUGCGAAUUGAGAAAGCUCUUCAAUAUGCAGUGGGAGGGCCGAGGGACGCCGUUAGUGCAAAAUGACGAGGCCAUGGUAACUGCCUAUGUGCGAAUUGUGAAAGAUCCCACUGGAGUUUUAUGGCAUAGCUUCCAGAACUAUGAUUCAAAGAAAGAAACUGGCAUGGUAGGUUUGCGCAACCAAGGUGCGACGUGCUAUCUCAAUUCUCUCCUCCAAUCAUUGUACUUUACAAACGCAUUUAGAAAGGCUGUAUAUCAAAUCCCGACCGACGAGGAAGCCACGAGGGAGAAUAGUACGUGGACUCUACAACGGUUAUUUUACAACCUUCAAGCAAAUGAGAGCGCCGUAUCAACCACGGAACUUACCGCAUCCUUUGGUUGGGAAUCUCGACAAAUAUUCGAACAACAAGAUGUCCAAGAACUCUGCCGAAAACUGAUGGAGAGACUGGAAGAAAAGAUGAAAGGGACACCGGCCGAAAAGGCUCUCCCAGAUCUCUUUGUUGGAAAGACAAAAACAUAUCUUUCAUGCAUCAAUGUGAACUACGAGUCCUCGCGUGUGGAGGAGUUUUGGGACAUUCAACUGAACGUCCGAGGCAACAAGACGUUGGAUGAUAGCUUUAAAGACUAUAUUCAGGUUGAAACUCUUGAAGGCGAGAACAAGUAUGACGCGGGUCCGCCAUAUGGACUUCAGGAUGCCAAGAAAGGAGUGAUAUUCGAAAGUUUUCCGCCUGUUCUACAUCUUCACCUGAAGCGUUUUGAAUACGAUAUCAACCGCGACGCCAUGAUGAAAAUCAAUGAUCGCCACACUUUUCCUAUGGACAUCGACCUCAGCCCGUAUCUUUCAGACGAAGCAGAUAAGUCAGAGUCCUGGGAAUAUCAGCUGCACGGAGUUUUAGUACAUAGUGGAGAUUUCAAUGCCGGCCACUAUUAUGCUUUUUUGAAGCCUACCAAAGACGGCCAUUUCUACCGCUUUGACGAUGAUAAAGUCAUUCGUGCGACAGAGAAGGAAGUUCUAGAAGAGAAUUUUGGCGGAGAAUAUGAUCUAUCAAAUGGUACAGCUGCUAUGAGGCAACAAUAUGCCAGAGGACUAUCCACAAAGCGCUCAAUGAAUGCGUAUAUGUUGGUAUACAUUCGCAAAUCACGAUUGGAUGACGUCCUACUCCCUUUAACCACGGAGGAUGUCCCAUCGCAUAUAGAAAAACGUCUCGUUGAGGAACGCGCAGAAAUGGUCCGAAGGAGAAAGGAAAGAGAAGAGGCCCACUUAUACAUGAAUGUCGGGGUCCUUGACGAGACAACUUUCCGAUCUCAUCACGGUUUUGACCUGACUAGUUCCGACUUGCCCAGUGGCGACCCAGCCUUGCCAAAGACACAUCGUAUUCUUCGGUCCAAGAAGGUUGGUGAAUUUGCACGCGAACUGGCCGAAGAGAAAAGUCUGGAUGCGAAACAGGUCCGUCUGUGGGUCAUGGUGAACCGACAGAACAAAACUACUCGCCCUGAUCAAGUGAUUACAAACCCAGACAUGACAUUGGAAGAUGUCUGGACCCGGCUUGCUACAAAAGGAAACCCUCUCAAAGUAUGGAUGGAAGUUGGCAAGGUUGAUUCUGAUGGCACCGUGUCAUGGCCGGAGGCGGGCUCCUCUGUCCUUAUCUUUUUGAAACAUUUCGACGUACCUAGCCAGACAUUGACAGGUGUCAGCCCUGUGCAUGUUCGUAAGAACCAAAAAGUGGCAGAUCUUGCGCCUAUCAUUCUCGAAAAGAUGGGCUGGGCUGCGGGAACAGAGUUCCAUCUCUUUGAGGAGAUCAAACACACCAUGGUAGAUCCGAUGAAACCAAAGCAAACAUUUCAGCAGUCUGAAAUACAGGACGGAGAUAUCAUUACUUUCCAGAAGUCCUGGAAAGAAACUGAUCUCCCUUCCAAUGCAUUGUACACGGAAACGCGACAAUAUUACGACUAUCUUUUGAACCGAAUGAAAGUGAGAUUUGCGCAUCUGAAGCAACAAGGAGACGAUUUUACCUUAACUUUAAGUCGCAAAAUGACUUACGAUCAAUUUUCUAAGAAAGUCGGCGAGCACCUGAACGUCGAUCCUAGUCACUUGCGGUUUUCUCCCGUGCUUGCAACCAACGGCAAACCCAAACAGCCCAUCAAGCGGAAUAUCAAUCAAACAUUGUUUCAAAUCUUGAAUGGACAGUACGGAAGCUAUGGAUAUAGCAUGCACAUGCCUGAUGCACUUUACUAUGAAAUCCUUGACACCAGCCUCAGUGAAUAUGAAACGAAAAAGACUCUCAAAGUCACUUGGCUUGCCGAAGGUAUCAACAAAGAGGUCAACUAUGAAGUUCUUGUUCCUAGAACUGGUACCGUUAGCGACCUGCUGGCUGCCCUUCAGAAAAAGGCCGAAAUCGAUGACGAGUCAAUGCAAGCCGUGAGGGUCUAUGAGGCCCAAAGUGGCAAGAUUCACAAGGAGCUUCGGGUAGACUUCAGUAUAACUGGAUUGAAUGAAUAUGUGUCACUUUAUGCGGAGAGAAUACCGGAAGAAGAGCUCAAUAUGCAAGGUGACGAGCACCUGAUUACGGCAUUCAAUUUCGAUCGGGAGCCUAGCAAGUCACAUGGCAUUCCCUUCAAAUUCGUUGUUAAGCCUGGUGAGGUUUUCAAAGAAACAAAAGAACGACUAACAAAACGGACUGGCAUCAAGGGCAAACAAUUUGAAAAAAUCAAGUUCGCCGUUGUUCCUCAAGGGAUAUACCCAAGCCCGAAAUAUCUCGAAGAUGAUGAUAUUCUCUCAGAUGUGGCCACAGAGCCUGGCGACGCCUUGGGACUUGACCAUGUAAAUAAGAAUAGAAGCUUCUGGAGCAGAGGGGAAACAUUUUUUAUCAAAUAA